AUGAAUUGCAUGAGGAGAGAUAAUGAGAGCACUGUGUCUGAGUUUAUCCUCCUGGGGCUCCCUAUUCAGGCAGAGGACCAAGGCAUGUACUCUGCACUGUUCCUGGCCAUGUACCUGACCACAGUGCUAGGGAACCUGCUCAUCAUCCUGCUCAUCAGGCUGGACUCUCACCUCCACACCCCCAUGUACUUCUUCCUCAGCCACUUGGCCUUCACAGACAUCUCUUUCUCGUCAGUCACAGCUCCAAAAAUGGUCAUGAAUAUGCUGACACACAGUCAAUCCAUCUCAUAUGCUGGGUGCAUUACUCAAGUAUAUUUCUUUUCAUUUUUUGCUGAUCUUGAGAGCUUUCUUCUGACCUCAAUGGCCUAUGACAGGUAUGUGGCCAUCUGCCACCCUCUGUACUAUUCACAAAUUAUGAGUGAGAACCUCUGUGUUCUUCUAGUAGUUGUGUCCUGGGCCUUAUCUACUGCUAAUUCCCUUGUGCACACCCUUCUCUUGGCUCAACUAUCUCACUUUAGACACAAUAUCAUCCCUCACUACUUCUGUGACCUGUCUACCUUGCUGAAGCUAUCCAACUCAGACACCACCAUCAAUGAGCUGGUCAUCCUUGUUCUGGGUAAUGUGGUCAUCACUCUGCCAUUCAUAUGCAUUCUGGUCUCUUAUGGCCACAUUGGAGCCACCAUUCUGAGAACUCCUUCAGUCAGGGGAAUCUGCAAAGCCUUGUCCACAUGUGGCUCUCACCUCUGUGUCGUUUCCUUGUACUAUGGAGCCAUUAUUGGACUAUAUUUUUUGCCCUCAUCUAAUAGCAUUAAUGACAAGGAUGCCAUUGUGGCUUUGAUGUACACUGUGAUCAUACCCAUGAUGAAUCCCUUUAUUUAUAGUUUGAGGAAUCGGGAUAUGAAAGGAGCGCUGAGAAACAUCCUCAGCAGGAAACUGUGUGCAUAG